AUGGCGACUGCUUCCACUUCUUCUAGUACCAUUUGGGCUAACCCCAACCCCAGAACCACAUUCUCAUCGUCUCCUAAACUCCCUUCUUCCUUUUCAGUUUCUUCCAGGAAGAAACUGAAAAAAAUCAGUUGUGCUCUUCAAUCACCUUCGAUUCUCCAAUUUCCCAAACAAUCUCCCUUUCAAUUACCUUCUUCGACCCCGGAUUCAUGGAACUUGUUGCAGAAAAUUUCAGCUAUGGCAUUGGACGCAAUCGAGAAUGGUUUAAUAGAACAAGAAAAGAAGCACCCUUUACCCAAAACAGCUGAUCCCAAAGUUCAAAUUUCCGGAAAUUUCUCUCCUGUCCCGGAGCAAUCUGUUCGCCACUGCUUACCAGUCGUCGGAGAAAUUCCAGAGCAUGUUCAAGGCGUGUACUUGAGAAAUGGGGCUAACCCGUUGUUCGAGCCUACUUCCGGCCACCAUUUAUUUGAUGGCGAUGGUAUGAUCUACGCCGUGAAGUUUGAAAAUGGAUCGGCGAGCUUCGCUUGCCGCCAUACGGAGACACAGAGGCUUGUCCAGGAACGUGCUCUUGGAAAGCCGGUUUUUCCAAAGGCGAUCGGAGAACUCCAUGGCCAUUCUGGCAUCGCUAAGCUGUUGUUGUUUUAUGCUCGUGGGUUAUGUGGAUUGGUUGAUCACAGUCAAGGCAUUGGGGUGGCGAACGCCGGUUUGGUUUACUUUAACAACCGGCUUUUGGCCAUGUCGGAGGAUGAUUUACCUUACGAAGUCCGAGUUACCCCCACCGGCGACUUGAAAACUGUCGGAAGGUAUAACUUUGACGAGCAAUUGAAGUCCACCAUGAUUGCACACCCAAAACUUGAUCCGGUUUCCGGCGAGCUUUUCGCACUGAGCUACGACGUGAUCCAGAAGCCUUACUUGAAGUACUUCCGAUUUUCACCGGAUGGAACGAAAUCAAAAGACGUAGCGAUUGAUUUGGGAAAGCCUACUAUGGUUCAUGAUUUCGCAAUUACAGAGAAUUUUGUGGUGGUGCCUGACCACCAGGUGGUUUUCAAGAUGUCGGAAAUGAUCACUGGGGGGUCUCCGGUGGUCUAUGACAAAGAAAAAGUGUCACGUUUUGGUGUUCUUGAUAAGUACGCCGAUGAUGGUUCUAGCAUCAAAUGGGUCGAAGUUCCCGACUGUUUCUGUUUCCAUCUCUGGAACGCUUGGGAAGAACCAGAAACCGACGAAGUAGUCGUGAUCGGAUCCUGCAUGACUCCGGCGGACUCCAUUUUUAACGAAAACAACGAAGAAUUGAAAAGCGUUUUGUCUGAAAUUAGACUUAAUCUAAAAACCGGAAAAUCCACUCGUCGAGCUAUAAUUUCCCCAGAAAAUGACGUCAAUCUGGAAGCAGGGAUGGUGAACAAAAACCUUCUUGGCCGGAAAUCUAAAUACGCUUAUCUUGCAAUAGCUGCGCCAUGGCCGAAGGUUUCAGGUUUCGCCAAAGUCGACCUCUCCACCGGGGAAACCAAGAAAUUCAUUUACGGCGACCAAAAGUACGGCGGUGAGCCUCUGUUUCUUCCAAGAGACCCCAAUUCCGAAACCGAAGACGACGGCCACAUCUUGACCUUCGUCCACGAUGAGAAGACAUGGAAAUCGGAGCUUCAAAUCGUCAACGCAAUCACGUUACAAUUGGAGGCGACUGUGAAACUGCCGUCGAGGGUUCCAUAUGGCUUCCAUGGAACAUUCAUAAGCGCCAACGAUUUGGCAACACAAGCUUGA